GGACAGGUUCUCUAGCCCUGUGCGGCUAAGCGGGGGCUUCCCACACCCGCUCCCCGCCCCUUCGCUUCAUCCCGGUAGGGGUGUCUCGGUGCGCAUCUUCCAUGGGACCACGGAGCUGCUUUCCUCGAAAUUGCGACCUGGUAGCAAUCCCGCCCCGCGCGACAUCCUGGGCACUGCAAUCUAGUAAUCCGAUCUGUAGGUGUCCAGGAGGAAAUUAAAAUCCGGGCACGGGGCCUUGGACGAGGGAGGACCCGGCUUUUUUUUUGGUCCUCUAGAAUAACAGAAGCCGUGAAACCUCCCCUCCCCACGGCCCAUUUAAAACCUAUUCAUCGCUGAGCCCCGGCAGAGGCUGCUGUAAUUAUGAUUAGACGGCAGCAGGCUGGCUCUCCGGGGAUCCUGGGCGCCCCCCGGGUGAAUCUCCUUCCCAGAUUUCUCCUCGCUCGCUCGGGGUCUGCUGGGUCCUCCUCGAGGGCAGCAGAAAUGUUUGCUGGCGUUACGAGGAGGAGAUCUGCGGCUUUCCGCCCGCCGGGUCGCGCGACUCCGCUGGCGAGCGUGAAAGGGGAGGGGAGGCUGAGCGGACCCUGCAAGGGCAGAGGAGCGCAGCAGCCUCGGCCUGGCUCUCCGGGCGUUGAAAGAUAAUUUUCUUUUUGCUGAAGUUGGAAGUCUGUAGCUGCUUCUCCCCCGCUCCAAUUAGUGUGAGGUGGAAGCGAAACAGGGAGGGAAGGAAGAAACCUCUCCCCCCCCCCCGCGCCCUCUCCACACUUUUAAAAUACGCCGCGUAUUGGUGACCCUUUGAUUGCAGCCGCCUCGGCCGCCUCUUGUCUCCUCAGGGCUGACCUAAGGCUGCCAAACGCGAUGCUCUUAUUGCCCUUUUCCUGGGAACCAUAAAGUUGGACGCGGGGUGAGGCCGGGAGAGCGAGCGAGCGAGACGGCGCACGUGAGAGGAGGACUUGGCCGGCUGGCGGCGAGAGUUGGCGGUGGGAAGCUGCCGCUGGGUGUCCUUUCCCGGGGAGUCACCCUCCGCUCUGUCUCCCGCCGCGCAUCCCCCCCCCCGCCCGGCCAGCCUCGCGCGCUUCCCUCGGGCUGUGAGGGGAGGAAAACGGCGGAGAUCUGAUUACAAAGCGCCGAGGCCACCUUGGAGCAGCCGCUGCCGCCGCCGCAAGGUUUCUGAGAAAUGACUGAUUUCCUGCAUUCCCCGUCGCUGAUGGUAAAUUAACAGUUCUGGUGUGCAAAUAAUAAGUUGCCGCUGUGUGUUUGGUGCUCCAUGCACAUCUGAGGAAGUAAGUCUCUCUCUCUCUCAUAGAGAGAGAGGCUGUAAAAUGCACGUUAUGAAUUGUGUCUCUUUGGUCAAUGACAAAGAAAAUGGAGCUCUUUCAGCUGAAGCUGGAUUAAUGAUUGGAGAUACAACAGAACCAGAAGAACAACUGUCUCCAGCACCGCCACCGCCGCCACCUCUACCAUGUCCACCUGCAGAACCUGGAUUUUCUUCACUAGAAGUGGUGCCACCCCCUCCACCCCCUCCACCUCUAGCACUGAGCAGACCUCCACUGCCGCAGCUGGUAAAUGGGCAUGGCCACCAGAGCAAGAAAAAGAGACUACGUAGCUUCUUCUGGAAAACUAUACCUGAAGAACAAGUCCGUGGCAAAAACAAUAUCUGGACUAUUGGUGCUAAACAGAAUUAUCAGAUUGACACCAAGACAAUGGAGGAGUUUUUUGGCCAGCAAGAAGAGACGCCACCCCGAGAUUCCAAAACCAAAACUUUAAGGAGGUCCUUUAAAGAUACUAAACAAGAGAUUAAUAUUUUGGAUGCCAAAAGAAGUAUGAAUAUUGGGAUCUUUCUUAAGCAGUUUAAAAAGUCAGUUGAAUCCAUAAUUGAAGAUCUCCACUCAGGAAGAAGUGAUCUCUAUGGUUCUGAGAUACUACGUGAACUCAUCAAGCUAUUGCCAGAAACAGAAGAGGUAAAGAAAUUAAAGGAUUUCAAUGGAGACCUAUCAAAACUGUGUCAAGCAGAUUCUUUUAUGUACCUACUAAUCCAGGUGCCAAACUAUUCACUGCGACUCGAAGCCAUGGUGUUAAAAAAAGAAUUCUCCCCAUCUUGUACUUCUCUUCAGAAAGACAUGACAAUUAUAAGAAUGGCUACAAAGGAGCUAAUGUGCUGUGAAGAGUUACAUUCCAUAUUGCACUUGGUCCUUCAGACUGGGAAUAUUAUGAAUGCAGGAGGCUAUGCUGGCAAUGCAGUUGGCUUUAAGCUAUCCUCAUUACUCAAGUUGGCAGAUACAAAAGCAAACAAGCCUGGGAUGAAUCUGCUUCAUUUUGUUGCUUUGGAAGCCCAAAAGAAGGAUAGAGUUCUUCUAGCCUUUUCAGACAAACUACAGCACGUUCAAGAGGCAGCCAGAAUAUCUCUUGAAAGUAUAGAAGCAGAGCUCCAUUCACUCUCAGUCAAAACAAAGUCUCUUAAGGAUAAUAUUCGGCGGGACUCUGAACUGUUUCACCAGAUGGAAGGCUUCCUCCAGUUUGCUGUAAAAGAGAUAAAAGAGCUGGAGCGCUGGAAACGAGACCUGCUGAAGGAAUCACACACCCUUAUGGACUUCUUAUGCGAAGAUAAAGAAACCAUGAAACUGGAAGAAUGUUUUCAGAUAUUUAGGGAUUUUUGUCUUAGGUUCAGCAAAGCUGUUAAGGAAAACAAGGAAAGAGAGGCCCAAGAACUUCAACAGCAACAGCGAUUAAAGGAGUUGGAGCUAAAACGCCGAUCAUGGGUUGCCGGAGAUCUUGGAGCUUUUGGUAGGAGCAGCAGUGAAAAUGAUGUUGGGAUGUUGACAAAGAGAGGACUUGAAGAAUUUAUGCCCUUCUUGCAGCAGAGACCGCAAAGUCCUUCUUACAGAAAUGUCAGCACCAGGCGUUCCCGGCAUUCCCUGGGAGUCACUGCAGACAGAGAGCUGUUGAGUUUCCUGGAGACCUCAAAGGGUGAGGAUCCAAACAAGUUCAACAGCCUUCCUCGUGAGCAUGCAGGUCAAGCAAGACCCAGAGUGGCCUGGACUGAAUCUAGAGAGCCUGGAGAUCUUGGCUUAACCAACUUGCACUUGCACCAGGCACCAGAAGAAGGCAUGGAGUGCAGUUACUUCCAGUUGCCCCCAUCUCAUUCUGAUGACAUGGUAGACCUUGAGGACAAUAGCACUGCCCAUGCUAAUCUCUACAGCAACCAAGAGAGUGCUGGAAACGACAAGUGUAGAUUCGAUGUGCCUUGUACUAAAGCCACCGAUGCAGCACCCUGGGAUUUGUCCCUUGAAGAAGAUGAACAUGUUCCAGGGAUGCUGAAGCUUGACCCCCAUGAACCAGAUGAUGUGGAGGGCCUAUCUGCAGUUCAUUUUGAGGCUGAUGAGAGAGGUUUGGAGACUCUUGGUGACUCGAGCUUAUACACUCCUGGCAUAGUAGCUCCUCCUGUACCAGCCUUCAGAAAAUCUAAAGCUGACCAUGCAGCCAAAGUAGCAGGUCAUGCCCCUGAAGCUCUGGAACUAGGCAGUGGUAGCCCCACAUCCUCAGAUGGUAGUGUUUCAGGAAUUCAGGCACAUGGACCAAUGUUCCGUACAUCUGAGACUUCUGACUGUUCUUUGACGUUCGAUCUGCCAGAAGGAAAUGAUCCAAGGCUCGGGGACAGCAACAAAGUGAACAGCAAAGACAGUGCUAUUGCCCCUUUUAGGAAUGAUCUUCAGGCUGGUGGUGAUGUCGUCUUGGGACUGAACUCACUUUCUGCUGAUAAGGAUGAUUCCGGCAGCAAGUCAGGUCUCCCAAAGGAAAAACCUGUGAGAAGCAAAGAUGCAGUGGGGCCAAAGAGGAAUUCUCUGAAAGAUAAACCUUCAAGUGCUGCAAAACCCGGCAAUGGUCCUCUCAACCACCCCAGACCCUCAGUCAGAACGCUGAAUUCUUCGGAGAAUGCAAGCAUGAGAAAAGUAGUGCCCAUUUCUAGAUCAACUAAAGCAGCACCCCCGAGCUGUACCAAAAAGCCAGAUCCUAAGCCAGCACCCCGAGACACGGGUGCACCUGAAGCACGACUCCCGCGUCGCAACUCCAUCCGGGGCAACUCCGCAGAUGCAGCGCCAAAACCUCAGUACAGGCAAAGCACAUCUGUAGAGGAGCCGAAAUUCCAGAGGGGGACGGCAGCUUCAAGUAGCGGCCAUUUUGAAAGAGAGCCGCUCCAGCACAAGGGCUCCUUCAAAAAGCCAAGUUCCAAACCAGUCAGGUACGUCCCCAAGUCGAAGAAUGAUGAAACAAAGAUGUGCCGCUCUUUGACCAAACCCCCGUCCCCUACAGAAGCCAGCAAAAGCACAACGGCCCCUGUGCCCAAGACACCAGCUCCAGUUCCGAGCUUUGCAAGGAAUACAGUGGCCUCUUCCUCAAAAUGCGCCAAGGUGGAUUUGCCAGCCCCUUCCAAACCUCCAGCCCUCACAAGGUCUCUGUCUCAGAGGCUUCCUAGGAUGAAGAUGACACCAGCCUCUGAUGAUUCUUAUCCAAGGGAAAGUGGUGGAGGAACGCUCAAGCGAGCAAACAGUGCUAGGUUUAUCAAAAGGAACACUGACAAUGGUGACCUUCUAAGUGUUAAAGCGGAGCCUGUGCUAAAGGAACAAAUGAUAAUGGAAAAAUCAACAUCCCUCAAAUGUAAAGAUGGAAAUCAGACUACAAUAGGGAAACUGCUGAAUCACUUUUGAAAAUAAAGGGUGUGUGUAGUGUUUGGCAAUACAGAAUGUGAAAACCAGCUCUUUUAAACACUGCAUUUUCCUGUUGUGUGAAAUACCCCCAAACAUUAACGUUAACGUAUUAAUAAUACCAAAUGCAAACUAAAGGUACAUUGUGUGGAUCCUGCUGUAUGUCUGAACUGAAUGUAUUGACCAUUACUGUGAUGGAAUUGCUGUAACAAAGUUCCUUUGCUCUACAUGAAUUUUACAUGCUAAAUGAAUGCAUCUGUUUAAUGAAAAGGAAAGGAAAACAGAGCUAGGGAUUAUGGCCAGUUGUAUGAACACUGCUUUUCUGAAAAUGCCGUCCUGAAUUCUUUUUUGGGAAAGUAUGGAAAGCAGAUGUGGAUCGCUUUAAUUCAUUGGGUCCAAUUAAAAAAAAAUGUGUCUGUUGCUGGGUCCAUUGCUGGCAAUUGGACACAAAGAACCUCUGGCCUACAAUAGGAUCAAACAGGAUAUUGCUGUGUUUGUGGGGGGAGGGGCGUUGGUUGUAAUAUCAUCUGAGGGAUUUGCAGCAUGUCUUAAAUUGUAUGUGUGUCUGUAGGAAGGAGGGGAAACUCUGCUGGGCAGAAGGUUUAUUCUCCAUGAGUGUGGCAAAACUGCCUUGCAUGUACAAAUAGAAUAGUCAGUGGAAUGACUGGUGCUGGAAUUACUGUAGUAGGAUUAGCCUGAAGGUUGUGACUUUCAGAAACCACAAGUAGUAGCUGGGGAAAAUGGCUACAGGUGACUUGCCUUGUGUCAGUUAACAUGCAAACUUGCCAGCUUUUGGCAUACAGAAGUGCCAUAUUUAUAUUACAUAUCACAGAUACUACGAGGGCUACAGCCUCUAGCAGAGCACUUUUCCUGCCAAUUCUCAUUUCCAUUCAUUUUUAACUACUGUCAGGUGACUUUAAAAUGCUGCUAUGGCUCUUGUUGGGAAGAGCUUUUGAUUUCCCUGCUGCCUAUUUUCUUUUAUCAAAAUGACCAGUUGGCAUAAAACAUGCAAGUUCCUUUUUUGCGUGACAAAAAGCUCCCCGCCCCCUUUUGGUAAAUUAAGCUUAUUUUGCUCCUGGUGCAGAUUUUAACACUACUUUUUAAACUUCACUUUUUGAUAAGCUUUGUUUUUAUAUAUAAAAAAAGACUAUAGUUCACUGCAAAAUAAAAAUGACAUCGGGUCAGAUUAAGAUACAGAGAAUGAGGAAAAACUUGUCACUACGAGUUCUGCCUUCCCUUUGGUCCCUUUCCAGAUAAAUAUAUGUAGGUGGGGAAACUGGCUGUUGCUGCUCAGCCUAUGUACUUAAAUAGUUGCCAUCCAAGUCAUCUAUGAAAACCUUUUUUUAUUUAAAAAAAAUAUACCCAGGCAAUGGAAACAGAUGGGCAGGUGACAUUGAGCUGGUCAUUCCUCCCCAUUAGAACUCCCCACUUUUUCUUCCUUCCUUCACCUAAUACUAAGUGUAAUCAGUCACAACAAGACACUUGCACUGAUGUGACAACUGAAUCUUGAGGGUUGAGUCCCUCCAUUGAUGGAAGAAUCUUUGAUCUAGCAGAUGCUUCCACUAGCAGAAGGAAGACAAUUCUCCCUCCCUUCUGCAUCCCCCUGUCCAACUCCCAUCUGGUCAAGGGAGUGGGGGGGGGACUUCAGGAGCAAUGUGGUAGAUGUUUGCAGGAGAAAGGAGAGAUUUGCUAAAACAAGCUCCCUCCAUUUCAGUUCAUGGAGCCUCCAUUGACUCAGACUCUUUCAUCAGCAGAGAGGCACCAUGCUGAACUUGACUCAACCAACCAAUUCUACCAUUUCAGUUCAUGGCCUUACAUUUUUAUUUCUUUGUCCCAUUAUAGAAAUAGUUUUCAGGAACUCCUCAGAAAGUAUGCCAGAAUGUCACCAAGUGUGCUAUUGGGCUCUCUCAAACAAGACACCAUCUCAGUGUGAUAGUUGACUUGGGCUCCCUCUUUAUAGUAAUGGUGCUUGGAAGGAAGCCUUGUUGGUUUUAUAAGCUUCUUGGGUACUCCUCCCUCCAUGUUUUAAAUGCAGUAAUCUUUCCAUUUGGCGCUACCUGUAUCUUUUUGUGUGCUCAUCUGCAAAAGCAGGUGUUGGAUUUUUUUAUUACCUUUUGAUGGUAGUAAGCUUGAAAAGAGAAAAUAAUUUAAAUGUUACAUGUUCAGAAACUGUAAGUAAAUUUCUAUAUAAGAAGUAUCUGUAAAAAUGAACUGGAUGUAUUUAAUGGACCAUUUAUACAUUUCUGAGUUUAUCUUGCUAGUUUAAUAAAGUUCCCAUUUAUGGGAGUUUGUGCUAUAUGUUUCCAUUAUUCCAUUGUAAUUUUGAUUAAUGUUUGAGGCUCACGUUGGAGCAGAUGAUGCUUGCCAUAAUUUGGUGUCCCUGAAAGGGAAUGAAUGCAUUUCCAAUAAGGUCUAAAAUGCUGGGUUGAGAACAUGUUUCUUUUCAAUGGUUAAGCCUUUCUGAAACUAAAUGAGGUGUGCUGGAAAUGGAUCUUGAAUGCCUAUCACCCUCAUCCUAGGUCUAGGAACACAGAAGGAACCCAGUUGCAUUGUCCAUGCCUCAGCAGCCAACCAGCUGCAUAUAGGAGGUCCACAAACUCAACAUGAGGGCAUUAGUCCUCUCAUGUUGUUGCUCCCCAGCAACAGGUACUCAGAGUCCUGAAGCCUCUGGUCCUAGAAGUACCAUAUAGCAAAGGCUUAUGGGAGUUGUAGUCCAAGACAUCUCUGGAGCGCACCAGAGAUGCCCUGGGGAAGGCUGCUUUAGAAUACGAAGAUCUAAGAUCGGAUAGCACCUGUGGUCAAAUGAGGUCUUUUUGAAUGUGAAUGCAGAUCCUUUGAGUCUUUCAGUGCAAACCAAUCACACACUUCUAUUAAGAUAUAUUCUUUAAUUCAUGUCCUUGUUUUGCUGUCAAGGAUUGGCAGUGGAGGGUAGAAAAAACGGGUCUCUGUGUGCUGUAGUGGCCUAGUAAGAUUCAAGGUCAGAGUGGAGAGGUGUGAUUUUUGCACACACACCCUGGGCUUGAACCCUUGAUGGGUGUCAACCUAGCUAACACCUGGGUACGCCCCAGAGCCCUCUGCUUGUUGGGGGCAGCACUUAGACCCCGAGGAUCAGGGAAUGUGUCUCUUCUUUCCACCCUCCUGAAUGGGGGAAUAAUGUUUGAAUGAGGUUAUAAAAACACUCAAUGGAGCCACAAACACUUUUUUUUAAAGAGUGUAGCCGUUGGCUGGUUAUUUCCACAGCAUAAAGCACAUGGCUUCCUCCAAAGAACCACGUGAACUGCCGUUUGUUAAGGGUGCUGCCGGGAACUGUAGCUCUACAGUCCCCCCAGAAUUCUUUGGGGGGAGCCAUUUGCUUUAAAUGUAUGGUGUGCAUGUGAGGUAGAGAUUUAGCAAGGAUACUAGAAGCAGCUGGACCUUGCUAAGUGGAGAAUUUGAACACACCUGAGUGGGUAACUCUUUAAAGGCAUGGCUCUAUUUCUUUCGAUUAAAAGACACGGCUGCAAAAGCGUGCUAUGUUAACCGCCAACUGUCAUUUUAAAAAGGGGUGGUGGAUUUAAAAUAACGUUGGGUGGAAAGCCUUCUCCCCGUUGAUAGUGCCUGUAUGCCAAAAAGCCCAAAGUUAUUCUAUAUUAAACGGCAACAAAACAAAACUGUAACAAAGGACUUGAGGUGAAAGGUCUACAUGUGGAGGGACUACAGCAUCCGGACAACAAUGAAAGAUCAUGAACCCUCGACAUGCAGCCAAAGUUAAAACCUUUCCCAGCCAACCAAGAGAAUAUUAACCACGUCUAUCACACCUAGUACUAUUUUUAUUUGGUCUCGUAUCCUUUCUCUCAAUCUGGGGAUAACCAAUAUUGAGGGUUUAUAUGAAGUGGAUACUCAUUGCCAGUUCCUUUUCUCAAAAGAUGUAUAAGUGUUUGAGCCGCUAUAUGGCCUGAAUAUCUUCAAACACCCCUGUCAUGUGGACCUAUUCAAUUCUGGAUGUUGUAUUCCUGUGUGAUUAUAAAUGCUGCUUUUUCUACCUGUCGUGAGAUCUAUUGGUUUAUAUUCUACAACUGGAUGAACUGCCUCAGAACAAUUCCCACUCGGGGGGGGGGGCAUUUCACUGCUAUUUUUUUUCAGACACUGUGGGCCUGAAUAUGACAGUAGCAGGGCUGUUGCUGAAAAAGGCAUGCCACAGCUUUAACAGAAAAUGCCCAAUUGCGUGCAGAUGAGUGUGUGUGUUUUAAACAAAAGUUGGCCCUUCCAUAACCAUGGGCAAUCUUCUGUGAGAUUAAGGCAUGCUUUAAAAUUCAUCCCCCAAACAGCUGCAGCACUUUUAACAUUUCAUUAUCAAGCUGCUAUUCCAUUCCCUGUUGCACUUGUUGACAGUGUCUCAAAGAAAAUUUCAGACAUCCAUUGACCCCGAGAAACUAGCAAAGGAACUGCAAACUGCAAAAAUCCUCCCACCACAACAGGAUAACUUCCUUCUCUUUGUUACUCUUUCCUUGUGAUUUGGGUUGUGGAUUUCAAUGCAAAGAUGACUAUUAGCAGUGAAUUCAUGUUGGGAGGGUUCUUGCAUAUGCAGAAUCGGUUUGAACAGGGGGGGGGGGGUGUUCAGAAAAGGGUACUGUAGGAAUUGCAUAAGUUGCCAGCUGAGGUUCCAUAGUAGUGUGUGGGAAAAUUCCAUCUUAAUGUUGCUGCUUUGUUAGGAGCAGGAGCAGCAUUGCAUAUUCGACCUUGUGUUUUUUCCCACAAGCUUCACAUAUUUCCCUUCUUUUCCUAAAGUUAUGUGUUAAAUAGUCUGACCCAUAAGCAGAGUCAAGAGGCUCUUUUUAAUUUAAAUUGCUUGCUGUCCUGGUGUACAGAUCCCAGCUGCAGCAGAUUGGAAACAGAAGCAAAACUCUAGACCACCUUAAGCAGAUUACUAUAAUUGCAGCUAAGGGUUGACCAUGUCAAAAAAUAAAACUGGUGUUAGAAUAGCUGUAACUUUGGCCAAAAGGGGUUUGGUUCCCUACUCCCCAUGGCUGUGGAGUUUUAUCACAGAAAGCAGCAGAAAUAAGCCCCUAGCCUAGCGCUUUAAAGGUGAGUGUGUGGUAUUCUAUUGAAAUUUUAAAAACUGUCAUGUGUGCUUAUAGUAUUAAAAAUACCAUAUUAAAGUAAGUUUAAAACAAAUUGCAGUCAAGAGAAUAGAAUGGGUCCUGAAAUAUGUAUUGCAAGUGUCAAAAGACCCAAGAAGUGUGUCUUCAGCAUAUGAUGGAAACUGACUACAUAAUAAAGGUGCCAGACACACCUCUGUGGGGAGGGAAUUUCUGUCACAAAUUCCUCUCCCGGGCCUCUCUUGGAUCACCACCACCCACUGAGGGCAGUGGAACAACUAAAAGGGCCCCUCUGCUAAUCUUAAGACCUAAGAGACUCUGGGGAAGGAGGAAGUCCUUCAGAUAUUGACGCCUAGGUGCUUUAG